AUCCGCAGGUAGGGCUGCGGGGGAAGUCAACCUUUAAAUUGAAGACAUGGCCUCGAUUCCAGACGAGGAAAAGGUGGUCAUCACCGGCGUUGCCUGCCCUGCGAUCCAGCCUCCCCCUGUGGCUCGAUAACCAUGUCUCUUGCAGUCGGCCGUGUUUCGGCACAGGAUACCAACUCGACAGAGCUGGACCUCGAGAAGAAAGCUAAUGUUCGCGUCACCAAGCAUGCCGCCCCCGUGUCGGACCCCGAAACACUCGGGGAUCCGGGCAAUGCGCGCCAGUUCUUCUUUCAGAGCUCGAAAACCUACGACCCCGGGGCCAUCGCGACGCAGCCGUCAGUAUACGAUGACCCGGACCUGGCGGACGCAUACCAGCCGUUGCAGAACUGGGAGAACAUCCAUCGGUUCGACACGUCGGCCAGAUGGACCUGGGGAGAAGAGCAUAAAACUGUCGCAAAGCUUGAUAAGCGCAUUAUGAUCCUCGCGUGUGUCAUGAUCAUGGCAUUGGAACUUGACCGGUCCAACGUUCAACAAGCCAAUGCAGAUAGUCUUCUAGAGGACUUGAACAUAACUCGAGAUGAUUAUAAUCUGGGGAAUACUAUCUUCAGGUUAUUCUACCUGUGCAGCGAACUGCCCGGGCAACUUAUCGGCAAGUCGAUCGGAGUCGACCGAUGGAUUCCCCUGCAAAUGACCGCAUGGUCCAUCGUGGCCGCUAGUCAGUUCUGGUUACGCAAUCGAAGCUCCUUCUUGGCUUGUCGAGCCCUAAUCGGGAUGUGCUCAGGGGGCUUCACGCCCACGAUGAUUCUCUACAUGUCCUACUUUUACAAGCACCACGAGCUGUCAGUCCGUCUUGGCUUCUGGUACGCGGCGUCGUCACUCGCGGAUAUUGUCGCCGGGUUGCUGGCAUACGCCAUCUUGCAUCUCCGAGGCAUUGGCGGAUAUGCGGGCUGGCGCUGGCUGUUCCUGAUCGAGGGACUAUUCACUUUGAUGCUUGGUCUGAUUGCGUUUCUCUUGCUGCCACCGUCGGUCACGCAGACUGCCAGUUGGGCGCGAGGAAAGAAAGGCUGGUUCACGGCACGGGAGGAGACAAUAUUGGUGAAUCGCAUCAUCCGCGAGGAUCCGUCCAAAUGCACCGCCAACAGACGACACCUGCUCACUCCGAAGCUGGUAUGGCGAAGUUUCAAGGACUUCGACCUGUGGCCCCUGUACAUUAUUGGUCUCACAUUUUUGACCCCAUGGACAACCGUCUCGCAGUACUUCACCUUGAUUAUGAGGGAUUAUGGGUUUGGCACAUUCAACACAGUGUUACUAUCGGUUCCCUAUAAUCUCCUGGGAAUCACAUCGCGAAUCCUGCUCACCUAUGCCGCCGAGUAUUUCGGAUCCAUUGCGGUGAUGGCGAUCGUGGCGCAAAUCUGGACGCUUCCCAUGCUCGUGUACAUGAACGCGGUGGAUUUUGGACAGGUGAACAAAUGGGUUGCGUGGACGGUGUUGACUUUAUUCCUGUCUCAUCCCAGCGCCCACGCCCUGCAAGCGGGCUGGAACUCGCGCAACUCCAACAGCGUGCGAUCUCGCGCCAUUUCGGCAGCACUAUACAACAUGUGUACGCAAGUGUCCGCUAUUAUUGCAUCCAAUAUCUACCAGGAUGAGGAUGCGCCAGGCUAUUCGACGGGGAACCGGGUGCUCUUGGCCCUGGUGUGCGGCAACCUGGUCAUCUACGCGGCCACCAAGGCGUACUACAUUUGGCGCAACCGCAGCCGCGAGCGGACGUGGCAGGCGAUGAGCGAGGAGCAGCGCGUGGAGUAUAUCGCAGCCACGGCGGACCAGGGCAACAAACGGCUGGAGUUCCGGUUUGCGCAUUGAGCAGAAAGACAGUUCCACAAGUUCAAUAAGAUUUAGAUAAUAUGAUAUAAUGUAACAUGAUAUAUGAUGGAUCCGGUCUUGGCCUUAGUCAUAG